UACAUUUCCCAGAAGGCACCGGAAGGGGCGGGGCAAGAACGAGUGCCUAGCUGCUGUUAGAAGACAUUAACAGAAAGCAAAGCCUGGCUGUGGGCAAAGGUUACGGCUUCAAGGCAAUUUCCCCAGGAAGGUAAGAAGAAGCAGAAGAACAACACUCGCAGGCAACCUCUUUAGGGCCCCAGAGGCGGAGGAGGGGGUCAACAUGGCGGAGACAGAGGCCGAGUCCAGCGCUGGCCUCUCCGUCCACGAGACCCGCUUUGAGGCGGCUGUGAAGGUGAUCCAAAGCCUGCCAAAAAACGGUUCCUUCCAGCCAACAAAUGAAAUGAUGCUCAAGUUCUAUAGCUUUUAUAAACAAGCAACCCAAGGACCUUGCAAUAGUCAGAGACCUGGAUUUUGGGACCCUAUUGGCAGAUACAAAUGGGAUGCAUGGAGCGCUUUAGGGGACAUGCCGAAAGAAGACGCUAUGAUUGCCUAUGUUGAAGAAAUGAAAAAGAUUCUUGAAAGUAUGCCAAUGACAGACAAGGUUGAAGAAUUGCUACAUGUAUUAGGUCCCUUCUAUGAAAUUGUAGAGGACAAAAAGAAGAGAAUAUCUGACAUCAUAGGAGUUUCUGGAAAUAUCAUAAUGUCUGUCCCAGCUGUAAAUGGCAAAUCUGAAAGCAGUGACAGUGGAGCAGAAUCAGAAGAAGAGCCACACCAAGAAGAAAUCAUAGAAUUACAAGAGAUUGAAAAAGAAGAGCCCGAGAGCCUGGAACAGGACUGCAGCCCUGAUAAGGAGCUGGGCGAUGUUGUUGCCAAUGGCUGCUGUGAUGAUGUGCCUAAUAUUAAUCUGCAGAAUGGCAUACAAACUAAAUCUGCUCUGAAUGGUAUCAGUGUGGAUGAAGAGAUAAAGAAGGGAGCGAAAUAUCUGGAACUACCUAUCAAAUCUAAUUACAGUUCCCCUCAUCAAGGUACUGAACUGAAGGAAGAUAACACUGAAGAGGUUUCUGGAAUUCAACACUUGACAAGUGAUUCAGAUAGUGAAAUAUAUUGUGACUCCAUGGAGCAGUUUGGACAAGAAGAGAUGUUGGAAAUCAAUACAUCAACAAAAGAAUUUUCAAAACAUCCGUUCCAUUUCUCAGAAGGAGAUCAAAGUCUGCUAGAAACCUCUGGUUUUCUGGAUCUUGGAAACUACAAGGUAGAAGGUAUAAAUGAAGCUGCAGUUGAAGGAAAAGGGGAAGUCAAGUGUGGCGGUGAAGAUGGCAAGGCGAGUGAUGGAGGUCCUCACAAAGAAAAAAAAGGUGGCGAGAAGGUUGACUUCUACGGAAUCAGAAGGGGCCGAGGACAAAGAAUGCAUCCUUUGGGUGAUAGUGCUCAAGGUGGUCAGAUGGGCAGUGGAGGAGAUGGAGAACGAUGGGGUUCAGACAGAGGGCCACGGGGUAGCCUCAAUGAACAAAUCGCAGUGGUGCUCAUACGGUUACAAGAAGAUAUGCAAAAUGUCCUACAGAGGCUACAUGCACUUGAGACAUUGACAGCCUCACAGGCAAGAACUGCAAGCCUCCAUUCAAGUGAUCAGCAAAUUUCACCUGUUAAGAGACCAUCCUGGUGGCCCUUUGAGAUCUCUCCUAAUACUUUAGCCUUUGCGAUUAUAUGGCCCUUCGUUGCUCAGUGGCUGGUGCAUGUAUAUCUUCAAAGGAGAAGAAGAAAACAUAACUGAGGGCUGAAUGUCACGUUUUACUUAAGGACUGCUAAUAUUGGGAGACUCUGGAAAUCUAGAAGAACUUCAGGCUCUGGGACAGCUAACUCUUCCAUCUAGUUUUUUGUUUUUCCCUUUGAACUACAUGAAUAACCCAUUUCUCUUAGAAUAAACACAGCUAUCCCAUUGAGAACUCACAUGAACCUUAACUUAAUUAUUUCAGAAUGUCCUUUAUGGGUCAUUAUUGCACAGAAUCAAAAGAUCUUAAUACAGCUCCUGAGAGCAGUUCAGUCAACUUUGCAGAGAAGGAAAAGCUUCUUAAAUUAACACAAAAUGUUUUAGUACAUUGUUACUUCACCAGAACCCAACUCUUUUGUACUGUCAUUCAAGCCUUUCCAGAUAGCACAGGAUAGGCAGUAGUAACUAUAAAUCUAGAUUAAUCCAAGUGACUGGAUGAUACAAUACCACUUAACAUCCUAGUUUGGGCAAAUUUAAUUUGUAAUUGCUGCUAUAAAGACGAGGUAACAUUUUAGUACGUAAAGUAAAAUCAAAUGUUUGAGGCGGUGGGUUGUACUUGCAUGAAUACAAUCUCCAUUAUGUAUAUGUUUUUAAAACUUGGUAAUCCAAUGCUUCACCGUAUUAAAACAGCUAACUGAGUUUGAA